UCUCCAAAUAAUUUGAGAUAUCUGCAAAUAUACCUAUUUAGUAUAAAAACGACUUGCCAUAUUAUUAUUUAAAUUAGUGAGAAGCACGUGCGUAAUCAUGCGUUUACGUGCGUGUUCUACAUGCAGCAGUGUUAAUGUAUGCAAAACCAUUUAUUUAAAUAAUCACUGCGCCCGAGCUUGCGUGUCUCUUCUGUUUGACGAGGCUUCUGUCUACCUAAACUAGUACUGGCGCUGCGCUUGCGGCGCGUAUCAACAGUAGAACCAGUUGACGCAACUGCUUACCGGAAGGAGAGUAACCUCCCUUAGACCCAACCCGGAAGUGAUACCUUGCUGGAUCCAAACUUCAGCUGACAAGAGUUCAGUGACAUUUAGCGCUGAUAAUGAUCAGAGGGCGGGUCGUUGCUGCCUGAUACAGCAAAGGAGGGGAGUUCAACACAAAAUGAUGUUUAUGAGUGUGAACAUGUGACAGCAGCAGGAGAGAUGAGGUGCAGCAGCAGCAGCGGCUGUGACAUCAACAUCAGCAAGAUGCCACACCUACUGCGACAAAUCUCAUCACAUACUGACUAUAAGAGGUUGAUGAACAGUCGAGCCAAGCCAGGCCAGGCCUACAUUCCCACAGAUGUAGAACACAUCGCCAAUGUUAUAUCCCACGGGUUGGGGAUCGUGCCGAGCGUGCUGGGGCUGCUGUGGAUGGUGUACCUGUCCACAACGCAGGUGCAGUUGAUCAUCGCAGUGGUGUACGGCAGCGCCCUGGCCAUACUGUUCAGUGUGUCCACCACCUUCCACACUGUCUCCUUCUGUGCCACCAAGUUCAACAGCUCAAUCAAGAACUUCUUCCAUAUUGGUGAUCGUGCAGUCAUCUAUGUCUUCAUUGCUGCUUCCUACACCCCAUGGUUGGCCCUGAAGGACCUGGGCUGGUGGGGGCAUCAUCUCAUCCUGCUCAUCUGGUCCCUGGCAGCCUUCGGCAUCACCUACCAGUACAUCUACCAUGAACAGUACAAAUGGCUGGAGAUUGUGUUCUACAUGGGUAUCGGGAUACUUCCAGCUUCAGCAGUAUUUCUCAUGGAAGAGUGCUCCGGCAUCUACGAGCUGCUCAUCGGUGGGAGUAUGUACGUAUGUGGAGUGGUAUUCUUUAAAAGUGACGGCGUUAUCCCUUUCGCCCAUGCCAUCUGGCACUGCUUCGUGUUUGUUGGUGCACUGCUCCAUUUCUAUGCUGUAUGCACGUAUCUCCUGGGUGCAGGCGCGAUCCAUGCUGGAGGUCAGAACACCACGCCACAUGAUGAACUUUGAUGUUACAUACGCUCCCCUUCGGCAUCCACCGAUUCCAAUAUCAGCACCAAGAUGAAACAUCAGAACAAGAUUAAAUGGGGUUAGAUAUUUACACCAAUGUUAAAUACUGGGGCUUUAUCAAAAAUAUUUUAUACCAGACUAAAAUUCAUUAACUUCUGACGAUUUUCUUGGUCGAUAUGCCAAUAAGAUCGAGGCAUAAUAGAAUACAUAUAAAAUGUUUGAGAAGCGUUUGCUAUCAGUCAAAUCCAACAUUUAAUGUUACACAUGCAUUUUACCAGACACCUAUCUGCCAUCUUUGUUGAUUCUAAAAUAUAGCUGCACAUGACAGCGGUACUGUUUUAAAAAUUGGGCAAUAAAGCUCAAAAUAAGAAUAAAGUAUGACUUCGCUUGCAUUUAUAUGAUUUAAGGUGAUUAAACCUCGACUUUGAAAAUCAAAGCAUUUCAUAAACAAUAUACUUGAAAACAGAAGUUCCAUAAUGGCAACCUCAUCAGUGACAUCCAUUUAAAAAAACUAUUAAAUAUACUGACAAAAGUGGUUAUUUCAAGUUGUUGGGUUGUGGGCAAUGCCCCCAUAUCCCCUGCUAAAAAUGGUGUCUGAAGAACUUAAAUAUUUACACUCAGGAAGGAUCUCGUGCACAUCAUUUACCAAACUGUCAAAAGGUGUCUAGUAAAAUGUAUUCUUUAUAUUUGGUUGGCUAGGUUCGUCCUUAACACACUGGCCGGGCGAUUACACGAUUCUGAAAUUUAACACGUCACAAAUGUUAUAUUUGGGAUAGCACUUUCUUUGUAAAGUAAAGAUUCUCGUACUUUUUAGGCAUUGUGUGUCAAAGGUCAAAGGUUUAAGUAAACUUGAAAACAUUCUGACUCCGGAUUCUCUAGUGUUACAGGAAAUACUCAAUAGAGAAAUGGUAGAUUCCACUUUCUACUUACGGACUAUAUUUCAACUACCUCUUUAUUUUUUCGGGUUAAUCAAUCCCAUCCCAUGACAAGCUUUAGCAAAUAUAUUGUGAUCUACUUUAACGUUGGACAGUCCUAGUUUUAACUCCAGAGUUUGUUUUUUUAUGUCACAUGGUGUAAAAAAAUAAGUGCACAAGCUGAACAAUCUCAUUAAAAUCAGAUCUUAGUUUUUGCUACCGCUAAGCAAA